AUGCCGACUGCCUCGAGCGGCUUUUCGGGCUGAUCCGGUGCUAUUAACUCUUUCAAUGCUGAAUCACUCAAACACAGAAUUACCCUUUUACCCCGUUUUUCUCAGUUUAGAUGGCGGGGAGACGCACGGUGGGUGGUCAUGGUGAUGGAGGGAGAGACGACGCUUUUGUUAAAUGUGGUGCUACUACUCAGUUUGACGGUGAGACUGGCACACUGAGGGGAAAACAAGGCUAAGAGAUGUCAAAGCAUUUUAUUUAGAAUGCUAGAAUCCCUAUAGUGCAGGAAAAGGCCAUUCGGCCCAUCGAAUCUGCACCAACCCUCAGACGAGCACCACACCCAGACCCACCCCUACCCCAUGCUAUUAGAGAAACAGAAGGUUUACCAAGGAGUGAGGGUCAAGAUUACUGUUAAAGAGCUUUUGCAGCAAAGGAGAGCUCUUCAAGCAGCAGCAACCACCAACACCACAACGCUUACCGCAGGCAACAAUCCUCAGUUCGCGGAGCCAGUCUCCUCCUCGUAUCCAGCUCCUCACAACGUCAGCCCACUGCCCAAUCAAUGUGAAUCCAACUUCUUUGAGUGCGACCAGUUUCCGGAGAAUAUGCCAUAUGACCAGAACCCGAUCUUUUAUGAAAACACAGAGAUGUAUGAAAGGUGCCUUUCUGAUCUCUUUACCGAAAACUCAUUCACCUCGCAAACCCCUGUCUCACACUGCUCUCCAGUCAGGUACCAGGCACCUGCCCACUGUAGCCAUUCAGCUGUGAACUCAGGACCAUUGGCUUACUCUUCAGUGGAUUUUGGGUAUUCUACCCAAUGUGUCCCAUCAUCUCCAGAAGACUUCAGUCCAUCUUCACACUUGGAUGCUAAGUCCUUUUAUUCAACUCCUGAAGAAUACUUUCCUCACCAGCACUACAGUUGCACAUCAGCAAUUUGCUCCAUUUUCUCUUACAUGCCAGACAACACAGAAAUGGGCCCAAUAUCUGAAAAUGGUUCCUUUAUAAUGCCAGAAUAUAAUAACUAUUUACCUGGAAUCCUCACGGAAGAUAUCUGGAGAGGAAACAUCAAUGAAUACUUUGACUACUGACAUAAUAAUGAACAGUAGUAUUGGGAAAUCCUGUACUUCUUAAACUGUUCUGUAGAAUUUAACUGUAAAUACUUUUGGUUGAAUUUGAGCAAAAUUAGUGCCACUCAACAAUACUGUUAAACUGAAUGCAAAAGACUUUCAGAUCUAAAGUAGUAAUAUCACAGCCUUUUAAUCUUGUACUUCAGUUUCCUUUGUCAAUUUUUUUCUCUUUUUUCCUGAAUGCACUGAGCUGGCAGUGAGCACCAUGGGCCCUGUCCACUCUCAGCUACAUUGUCCAAGUGACUACUAUGAGGUACAAACAUAUGCAGUGAUAGUUGUUUAAUCACAGGUGUAUCACAAGUUGAUAACCACAUGUGCAUUUCUCAAAGUCACUUCAUAUUAUCCAGGUGAUUGUUUCUGUCUCUAAUUCAGGAGAACUAAGCCAAAAUGUUCCAGUUGAGAUUAAAAUGGCCUUAGAUAAAAUCUGGGAUCUUCCUUUUCUGUACACCUUAGCAUCACACUGAGUCAUAUACACUAGGCUUAUCUCAGAAGGAUUAGUUGGAGAGUUUGUUUUAGUCAAUACCAAUUUGUCUUUCAUUGUUAUGGUCCAAUGGAUGUAUUCACUGAACUAUUGUGAAGCUUUUUUUUUAGUUAGAAUAUGUUGUUCAUUUGCUUAUGUUUGUAACAUUUUUCCCUACUUGUGUUUGAGAAUGACACUACACCCUUGCAAAAUAAACGUGAGGCCUGUGACACCAAAUUCUUCCCACGAUAUUCUAACAAAACAUACAACCAACAAUCUAUACCUAUGUGGUACAAGAUUAAUUUUUCCAUAUCUAUAUUUUGUUUUCAUAUGUUACAUUGUAAAUAUGGGCAGACAAAAAAAAUUGAAAUUCCAUUGUUCAUUCACAUAAAAUAACCUGCACUUCCCUCAAUGCAGUAUGCAAGCAUCUCUUACAUAAAUCCAAGGUUUUUACACUUCACAGACCACAGAACUUUCUGAUGUCAGCCCUAUAUUUGCACUUUUGCCCAUUUGAACCUGUGUCUCCUUGGCUUAUUAUUAUUUACCUUGACCAGUAUUGACUAGACUAAAAUAUGGUGAUAUGACAACACUGUUUUAGCCACAAACACUAAUAGUUUAUAGUAUUAGCAAUUUUAUACGCUGUGUAACUAAGUAUACCUGAUAUGUGUAUUAUCUUAACAAACAUUAUUGUGAAAUAUUGCAGUCUUCCCCUUCCAACAAAGUUUGGAAAUUUUACAAAAAUUUAACAGACAUAACAUACCUUUAUGAAGCUCCUGGGUUUUUAGCCAGCAGUUCUGAGUGGUACCUUGAUUUCCUCAGAGUGGCAGUGACCAGUAUUGAUUUGACUGAUGAGACCUGACCCUGCUUUCCAUCAAGAGCACUGUUAUAUGCUCAUGCUGUGUGCUGUUACUAGUGCUUGUUGGGGAUGACUAUUGAUAGAUUUACUUUUUUCUGCUGGCCCAAAGCUGUUUUAUUGAUUGGUCAAGAUGACCAUGACAACAGCUCUCCUCUCGACUCCAUAUUCACACAUUAUACAUCAUUUUACCUAACAAUAUAGAGCGAUGGAGUAAAGAGCACAAGGUGGCCAAAAAAAUUUGUCCACCCUGCACUUUUUACCAAAGAAUGCACAAAAAGGUUAACACAUAGUUGUUGAAUUAUCUAUUAUACAUAUAUUAGUUACCAACCAAAAUGCAAUUAGCCACAUAUAAAUUUUCAAUUAACUACACUAAUUAAUUUAGUGAUUAAUAAAUUAUAAAUCAUAAGAACUGAAGUAGGCUAUUCAGCCCACUGAGUUUGCAUUAUCAGUCAAUGAUAUUAUGGCUCAUCUACUAAGCCUUAACUCCAUUCAGACUCUGAACUACCUGUUGCCUCCAGCCUGUUCCCUGGCCAACAUCUCUGUCUCUGGCUUGCUGCAGUUUCCAGCGAAGCUCAACCCAAGCUGGAAGGACAACGCUUUAUUCCCUGCUUAGGGACCCUGCAGCCCUCUGGACUCAAUAUUGAGUUCAAUAAUUUUAGGGCCUAAACUGUCCCAUAUCCCAGCCCCCUACCCCACACACCAGGCCUUGUUAUCACAUACCCUGUCAUUACACACAACCUGUUGUUGGUCACUAACUGUCCCCAUUAACAACUAUUCACCCUCCCAGCCUGAUCGUUAGCGACUCUUUGUCCAACUGUUCUCCUCUCACUUUAGGUUCUAUCCUAUCAUUUACACCCUACCCCACCUCCCCUCCCCAUUUUCUGCAAUUAAAUUGAUGCUUUCCCGGCCACAUUCAGUCCUGAGGAAGGGUCACCGGACCCAAAAAGUUAACUCUGAUUUUUCCUUCACAGAUGCUGCCAGAUCUGCUGAGUAUUUCCAGCAACUUUGUCUUUGUUUCCCAUGACUACCUUUCUUCCCAUAACUCUUGGCUCCCUCACUGAUUAAAACUCUGCCUCAGCCUUGAAUAUACUUAAAGACCCAACCUCUACAGCCCUUUGCAGUAAAGAAUUCCAGAAAUUCACACGCUCUGAGACAAAGAACCUCAUCUCUUUUAAUAAAAGGGUAACCCUUUAUUCUGAGAUUAUGCCCUCCAGUCCCAGACUUCUCAGCAAGAGGUAACAGUUUUUCUGCACCUAUCUUGUCAAGUCUCCUAAGAACCUUUUAUGUAUCAAUAAGAUUGUCUCCCAUUCUUCCAAAGUCUAAAAUGUGCAAGCCCGUCUUACUAAAUCUCCCCUCAUUAGGCAGAUCUACUGCACCAGAAUUAGCCUGUCAAUCUUCUCUGCACUGCCUUGAAUGCCAGUAUAUCCUUUCUUACAAAAGUGUCCCAAAAUUGUUCACCGUAGAUUGAAUUGCAUUGUCUAAGAGUAUUGUUCUAGAUUUAGUAUUCACUGCUGUCUCCUACCUUAUACCUCCUAUGUUAUGUUCUGAGGAAGGGUCAACGGACCCGAAAUGUUAACUCUUUUUUCUCCUUCACAGAUGCUGCCAGACCUGCUGAGCUUUUCCAGCAACUUUGUUUAUGUUCCUACCUUAUACAGUUUUGUAGGCCUCCCUAUCAUUCUUCUUGUUUUAAGAUAUAAGAGUCCAAAGUAUGCAAAUUUUCCACAUGCACUUGUAUCCCCAACAAUAUACUUAAGUGCAAAUUAACAAAUCAGUGAGGACACACACUGCCCAUGCAUCAAGUAAAAUCCUGGAACUCACUUUGCUUUGGAAAGGGCUGUUAAGAAGAAGAGAAAUACAUGCAUACACACAAACAUACACACACUUUUGUUUGUGCUUGAAUAAUUAACCUAAUUUGCUUUGUUAAGGGGAUAACAAUCUAACAUUGUUUCAAGCAAUUUGUACAAUCCUUGUUAAAAUUCAAGCUGAACGCCUAAGAUUGAUUAAAUUGGAAAUGUCAUUUUUCGAUGUUUUCAGGUAAUGCUUUUAUGCUUUUGAAUUAAUGAAUUGCUUUAGCUUACAAAUGGGCAAACAAACCCAAAACUCACAUUCUUGAAUGUUAAGGGAAUGGAUUUUAUUCAAAUCAUUCUUUAUUUAACAUUUUACCACGUGUCAGUCCUACUUUUUCUGCCUGCAUGGAGAGCACAGUUUUCUGAUUGUAUGCCUGCACUGUUUGGAUCUUUUUCUAUUUUGUUUGUUUAUGCUGUAGUGUCACUAUGGAGUAAAGUACUCAUGUUUAUGUAGGACCGGCAUACC